UCCGCGACUUGCAUAGUAAGCGAUGCAUGUGAACAUCGAGUCUAGAAAUGAAUGAAAACGUUUUGCUUAUCCGUUCUGUGUCAGACAUUUGUAUUUCUUGUAAAUGGAUUUUACGACUUUUUGCUGUCCUCGCAAAGGGCGACAUAGAUAUGUAUAUAGAACACACACAUGGAACCACAGAUGCAAUGACGAGAAGAUAGCCCAUGUAUGACACUGGUUGUCAGGUAUGACACUGUGUAUAGCUUUAUCGUUGUUCUAUGAGUGUACAGCCCUGCUUAUGACCUGCGACGACGCUGAUCUGAUGCAGCGUUGGUAACAUCGCGCCCGCUGCAGGGUGGACGGGUAUUACCGCUGUGUGGAGCUGGCCAUCGGCCGUCUGACCCGUCGUGGGGACGCCAUGACCUGUCCGGGCGACGGCGCGAUCUACAUGUACGGCCGCCACUACGCCAUCGGCGCGCGGAUGGCCAACAACGAAGUCGAGUAUACCAAGAGGCUUGCGUGUUACCAGCUGCGUCGGCCGGAGAGAGACCCCCUUUUCUGGAGGACUCAUCUGGAGAAAACAGAGCUCGGCUCGUACUACUGCAAAGCUCUGUAUGGCUUUGGCACGGCUCGGGAAGCCGUAUAUCUGUUAGCCAAUGAAGACAAUGUGAAAAGCGGAUUUUGCUUCUUUGCCGGCGGGAUGUCGGACAUGUUGCGCACCGUUAAUCGACGAUGGUGUCAGCUGUCUGCCGGAGGCGUCGUGGCGUUCAGAGCCUGGAAGAAGUGAUCCGUUGGCAGUGUUAUUAGCUGCUGGUGGGGGAGGUCAUACCAUUUAGACUCGGAGCAUAAACGGCUUUUGUUGGCCUAGUGAAGUCAGUCGUCUGUAGUAGAGAUUGUUUCAUUCCAGACAAGCGCACCGACAGCGUUUAUUGUGGGAUGGCUUCUUCCAUCUACCAACCUCAACGGUACCUGUAAAAAGGUGCCUUGACAGUUCAGAAUGUUCCUUGGAGACAAAUUUAAAGUGUAUUUCCUUCUGGGGUGUACUUCCUGCCGCGUGAUCGAUAGCGUGAUGAUGGUGACUUUUUGUACGUUGUAUUUUAUUGAUAUGCACGAUAUGGCUGUAUGAUAAUGAUUUUAGCUAGCUGAUCUUGCAGUGUCCGUUGAUUUGACAGUUACAAACGGCGUUAAUAUAGAUUCGAUUGUGAUUGUGAUAUAAUGUUUCCCAGCAUUUAAUCAUGGGACCUAAACAUGUUGACCUGAACGGAAUACAAAUGCUAUAUC